ACCAAGGAUGGCAUUCAGAAGAACCUGAAGGAUGAAAUCAUCGAGUACCAUUUCAAGACCUCUUUCUUUGAUAUAUUUGUCUUGGCUUUCUUCCGGUUCCUGGUGCUGCUGCUGGCCUACGCCGUGGUGAGGCUGCGCCACUGGUGGGUCAUAGCGGUCACUACCUUGGUGUCCAGUGCCUUCCUGAUUGUGAAGGUCAUCCUCUCCGAGCUUCUGACCAAAGGAGCUUUUGGCUAUUUACUUCCCAUCGUCUCGUUUGUCAUUGCUUGGCUAGAGACUUGGUUCCUGGAUUUUAAAGUCCUAACUCAGGAAGCAGAAGAAGAGAGAU